AUAUGCAAUUAAGCCCAUUUGCUAACUUGUGGUCAAAAUGCUAAAUGGUAUUUGUCAUAUGGUUCUGUGGCCCUAUUCUUAAAGGAAUUUGCCUUUGUCAUAUUUGUUUUUAUUCCAAAGGUGUCCCUCAGCCUAAUAUAACCUGGUUGAAGAGAGGAGGAUCUCUGAGUGACAAUAUUUCCUUGCUUUUCAAUGGAUCCCUGUUGUUGCAGAAUGUUUCCCUUGAAAAUGAAGGAACCUAUGUCUGCACAGCCACCAAUGCUCUUGGAAAGGCAAUGGCAACAUCUGUACUCCACUUGCUGGAACGAAGACACUUGGACGGUAAAAGCGUGUUUCCCAAGGACCAUAAAAAGCAUAAGCUCCCGACAUCCAGCGCUGGAACCAACAGCAAUGACCCAACAGGAGAACCCCUACCUCCAGAGCCUUUUUGGGAGCUUGGUAACUGGACGCAUUGUUCUGCCACCUGUGGCCACUUGGGAGCCCGAGUCCAGAGACCCCGGUGUGUGCUGGCCAAUGGGCAGGAAGUGAGUGAGGCCCUUUGCCAACACCUCCCGAAGCCGCUGGCUGGGUUUCAGCCCUGUAACAUCCGGGACUGCCCCUCAAGGUGGUUCACAAGCGCGUGGUCAGAGUGCUCCGUGUCUUGCGGCGAAGGCUUCCACAGUCGGCAGGUGACCUGCAAACGCACCAAAGCCAACGGCACCGUGCAGGUGCUAUCUCCAAGAGCGUGUGCUCCUCAAGAGAGGCCUCUGGGAAGAAGGCCGUGUUCCAGUCAUCCUUGUGGCCAGUGGGUCGUUGAACCGGGGGGCCAGUGUCCUGCACGGUGCCUGGGUCACGCUGGGAGGAUGCAGCAGCAGCAUGCCCCGUGUCAACACCACAACAGCUCCGACCCCCGCUGUGACGACAGAAGGAGACCCACGUUGAGGAGGAACUGCUCAUCGGGGGCUUGUGACGUGUGUUGGCGCACGGGCCCCUGGAGGCCCUGCACGGCGGCCUGCGGCCGGGGCUUCCAGUCUCGGAAAGUCGACUGUGUCCACGCGAGGAGCUGCAGACCUGUGGCGGAGAGACACUGUGUGCAGAGAAGGAAACCGGCUUCCUGGCGGCACUGUCUCGGCCCUUCCUGUGAGAGAGACUGCUCAGACACAACUCACUACUGUAUGUUUGUAAAGCAUCUCCAUCUGUGUUCGCUAGAGCUCUACAAACAGAGGUGCUGCCAGUCGUGUCAAGAAGGGUAAUCCUGUGGCGAAGGUCGUAAUGCUGCUGUGAAGACAGAAUCAAAAUGUAAAAGCUCUUUUCCCCCCAUGUAGCUGGUUCAGAAACAUGUUAUUUCUUUUAAAACUCUAGAUUCUGCAUUCAGGGGUCGAUGCAAACUCACCACUGGUGGGAUUUCUUCCUAUUGUUUUCCCUGUGGCCGGCAUUUAAUCCCAGCUCUUUGAGAUGAUAUAUUCCGGGAUGGCCGAAACUAUCGUAGCGGGCGUGCUCUUGCACUUGGGACCCACCCCGUGUCCUUCUAAUUGGGAAACUGCCCAGAUCCCCAGUGCGUUGCCACGGGCUGCUGCUUCCUGCGAUGUGUAGACUCGUGGGGGGUAGGACGUCCUAAAGAUGUGAGGGACACACAGAAACCGGUGACUUCCUCUUCUCUCAAGUUGCAGGGUUUCAGCAGGUUUAUAAGGCAUCUAUCCUUUAGAAGCUCUGGCCAGUAGUUGAAGGAUGGCAUGGAUGGCUCUAGUGACGUUUUUAUGGGUCCUUAAGUCUAGUCUGUGAUGAAGAGGUGGUAGACAGGCUUACGGCACUGAGCGAUCCGAGGACCCCGGGGGGGGUGGCAUCUUGUCCUUGCUGUCACGGAACCCGGGGAAGAAAACACAGAGUAAACAUUGCUGCCUGUUUCACAACUCUGGAGAUCUAUCUGUGACCAAAUGAGAAAUCUCUGAAAUCAAAGGAGAGGGAAAGUUCACCUUUUCUACUGAUUUUGAAGUGUAUUCAAAGCUUUCUUUUAAGAGCUGUGAAUGAAACUUUUUCUAAGCACUCUUUUCUUGCACAUAAACAGAAAAUCAAAGCCUUAUUAGACCUAAUUUAUACAUAAAAUAGUAUUCCUGAGGAUUUUUUUCUAUUUCCGGGAAGAUUAUAAGAAAGUAAUCUAAAUAGGAAACACCGGUGGUUGAAAAGAAUUGUUUGUCCUAAAUAAUUGUUUUAAUUCUGACCGAUUUGUUGGUAAAUCCAAAGUGAAUUUGGGUUAGGCUAAAAGUUACAGUAGGGCGAGGGGGUCAAAGUUAGGAUUUGGUGAGUAAGUUUAGGGUUCGUUUUGGUUUUAGGAUCGGGUGAGGAGAGAGUGGAAGGUAUGUCAGGGUUAAGGCUAGAGUUGGCAUUGGCGAUUAGCAUGAGGACCAAGCUGGGUGGCACUGGGUUACGUUCAGACUGGGGCCGGUGCUGGUGCUGGUGAUUGUGUCCGGGUGGAGGGUAAAUUGGGAGUAAAUUGUUUCUGCUGAAGGAGUCUGGGGCUUGUGUGAAAUUGUGAAGUUCUAACGCUGAUUCGGUUCUGGGGCGCUCUCCCUAACAUCCCACUGGUUACGGCUUUUGAUGGCACAGAACCCCAAGAAAGCGGCCAUCCUUCCCCGGUCAGCAUCCCAGCUGCACUGCCGACAGCCCGUUGGCCGCGGCAUGCCCCGAAGCAGGUCGUGCUGGACCGAGUCCCCGAUCACAAAGCAGCGAACAGCGCGUUCGGGCUUUGGUUUGGUCUGUGGGCCAGCUCGCUGCAUCUCCCUGCACCAGCUGUCGUGUUCUAACUGCGGCCUCACUGACACUGACAAUGGGCACUACUGUACGCAGAGGUUUGGUGGCCAGGAAGGGUGGGGACGUGAAGGGUACACGCCAGCCCGUGGGGGGUUGAUCACCAAUCACACUUGAUUGUGGAAGGUUUUUAAAUUAAAAGAAAGAUCAUUUGUAAAAUACUCUUUGUAUAUAUUUAUUAUAUGACUUAAAGGUGCAAUAUUUUAUUUUGUACAGUAUGUAACAAAGACGUGGGACAUAUAUUUUUUCUUAUCAACAAAAUUUCCUAUUAAAUUUCUUCACCUUUGUAUUUAAA